AACGCUCGCGCUGCUGUCACAUUUCAAUGCGAAUAAAAUGCAAUAUAACCUGUACUGUGUGUUUGACAACUGUUUGUCAACAAAAUGACACUAAUUGAAUAUAAUUGCUGAAUACCCGAUCGCAGCAUUUUGACAGAUAACCAAGGGAGAGUUUCCAGUUGGAGAUUAGUUUUGAGACUUAUCAGAUUUUACAUAUCGUUUGUCUUGGAAAAGAAACAAAUAUUCAAGAAUCUUUGGUACUAUGCUGAUUGAGCAUAACAUAUAAUACUACUAAUCAAAUUAGUGUCAAUCAAGAUCUUUGCCUAGCACCUUGUAAAUCUAGAAAAACAAAAAUGUUGAACCGCUUUAAGUCAGUAUUAAUGAGUGCUGUGGGCGCAAGCGAGCUUGGCCUGCAGUACCCUAAUGAUUCGGAUAAUGAUAUGACAGACUACAUUAACUCCAAUUAUGUGGUGGAAGUGGAAAAUAAACCUUACAGCCGUCCAAGUUUUCUCGGCUUGACAGCUGAAGAAACACAGGUGAGUGCAGAUCACAGAGUAAGGCCUAUAAUAGUUCCGAGAGACCUUAGCCGUUUGCCAUGGUGUGCUGGCUAUGCAGAAUGCAUAAAUGCUGGGAAGAGUACGUGGAAUGAGGAUCAAGCCUCAGCGACACGCGGAGACUUGAAAUUAUCGGACGUUAACGUUACACUGCCUUAUGUCAUGUUUUCAAUGUUUGACGGGCACGCAGGAUAUCAAGUGGCUCUUACAGCAAGAUUACAUCUACAUAGGAUAAUCCUUGAAAGGUUAUUGGCUAUACCAGGCAAUAUGCUAUUAAACGAAGAUGAAAAUGAACUGAUAAAGGGAAGGGAUCUAGUUACGGGUGCUAUAGAAUUAGCAUAUAGACAAAUGGAUCAAAUGGUGGAGAUGCAAGCUCAAAAUGGUGGUGGUGGUUGUACAGCUAUUACAAUUUUAUUUCUUAAUGGAAGACUUUAUGCAGCGGGAGCUGGUGACUCGAGGGCUGUAUUAGUUUUGGGGGAGGAACAACGUGCUCUUACUAGAGAUCACACACCAGAUUCCGAAUCAAAUCGUGUUAGAGCUUUAGGUUUUUUAAGAAGCAACGAAUUGCUCAAAGGUCACUUCACCCCGUUGGAAUUUAGAAAGAGACCAUUGCAGAAGGAACUGGGAUCUAUGGUUUUGUACAGAGAACCUUUUAUGACAGGUUGGGCAUAUAAAACCUUAACGCAUCCUGAUCUAAAAUUACCGCUCAUCUCGGGUCACGGAAAAAGGAGCAGAGUAAUGGGAACGAUAGGCGUGACUAGAGGCUUUGGAGAUCACGGUCUGAAAGCGGCAAAUACCGGCGUUAAUAUCAAACCUUUCCUGUCGUCGCAGCCUGAAGUGCAAUCUUUGGAUUUGGACAGUUGCAAUCUUACCGAGCGAGAUUGCAUUAUUGUCGCCACGGACGGACUUUGGGAUGUAGUAUCAGACAGAACAGCGGCAGCAAUACUUAGAAAGACUCUUGCACCUGAUACUCCAUCAUUAGAAUAUAGACUGACAAUGGGUGCUCAAGAAUUGGUGCAAGCGGCAAGAGGUCGAUUAAUCGGUAGAGUAUGGAUGGGAAAACCGGAGAAUCCUAACGAAACGGACGAAAAAUCCUCACCCAUAGCAUCGGUGGAUGAUAUUAGCGUGUUAGUAGUACCUUUAUAUCCUUAUUUAUGCGAGCAUAAGCAGUGGCUGAAAACAACGCAGCAAGAACGUAAAUACGCCGCGGAUUCCCUAGCAACAAUAUGCUACGACUAUCCUCUUUCUAAUAGAUCCACUGAUAAUCCUGCAUAAUAAUGAAUCGUUGGGGUUAUCUGAAUGCUCCGCGUGAACCAGUGACAAAUGUUAUUAUUCAGCUAAUUACGCAGCUAAUUAAACGAAUUACACUUAUCCGCAUUAUUAUGAAUUUCAUCGUCUGUCCACGAUGAUUUUUAUUUUGUCAUAGAAUAAUUAACGAUAUUUAAGUGCACGGUUGCCGUAUAUCCUCCACGGUUUCAACGUUUCUCUUUGCAAAAUAUUAAAUUAUUGCAUACUGCCACAUAUAUAUGUUGGCUACAAAUGGCUAUGUUCUUAUUAUUUAACUAAACAUUCCACUGUGACAUUAUUUUAUGCGUAACAUAAAGUAUCUACAAUAUUCCGAAUAUAUUUGAUAUUUGUGAUCGUAUAUAAACACCUUAUAUGUAAGCACUAAUUUCUGAAUGAUUACUACUGUGUUAACUAGUACAUACAUGUUGACUAUACACAAUGUAAUGUUAAAAGAUAUGAAUAUUUUUAUAUUGCUUUUGAGGCAAGCAUACGUUACCAUUCAAUAUUUUGAGCGUAUUAUUUCAUUUUUAUAGCUUUAUGUUAAAAACAUUCACUCUAUGACUACGAACGUAUGUGUGUAUGUAUAUGUAUAUAUUCAAAAUUAAGAAUGCUGCGUUAAAAACAAGCAAGAUUUCAAGUCGACAAUUAAUUCUCUUUACAUAUAUUUUGUUACUAUUGAUUUAUUGCAAUCUAUAUCGAUAUUUCUUUUCAUUAGAAAUAUUAGAAACGUCGUAGUCAAAGAGUUGACAGAUGAUGUAUGAUACGAGUGAUCUAUGCGUGUGUAAAAAAUUGUAUAUAAAUGAAAAAGGCAUUGCUACCUUUUCGCAGUAUACCGCGAUAAUAAACUGACUUUACAACAUCAUGUAUUACAUAAGUGUAACUAUAUUAUAUUAAAUAAAUAUACGACUAUCAAUCUA